AUGGAGACACUAGACUCCUCGAUUCAUCGCGAGCUCUCCCGGCUUGAUCCCGCAGUGCCCUUCCGCGCAUCAACCGAACAUAUCCAUCAUACAUGGGCUAGGACGUUCUUCUCGCGGCCGGAGUUGUAUAUACAACCGCAGUCGAUUGAAGAGAUUCAGAAACUAGUGACUCUAGCUCGUCGGUGUCGUCGUCGCUUGGUUACCGUUGGUAGUGGACAUUCACCUUCCGACUUGACGUGUACUUCAUCGUGGCUAGUUAACCUAGAUAAAUUUAACCGCGUGCUGGAUAUCUCACCUGAGGCUGGUGAUGUGACUGUCGAGGCGGGCAUUCGGCUAAAAGACUUGGGGAAACAUCUGGAAAAUCAUGGAUUGGCUCUGUCCAAUCUGGGGAGUAUUGAUGAGCAGUCUAUCGCGGGUUUGAUCUCGACAGGUACACAUGGAAGUUCUCUGAGGCAUGGAUUGAUUUCUGAAUGCAUUACAUCGCUUAAGUUGGUACUGGCCAACGGGCAAUUGGUGCGCUGCAGCGCAACCAAUAACCCAUCGCUUUUUCGGGCUGCUCUUAUUUCUCUUGGGGCGCUGGGUAUUAUCGUCGAGGUUACUUUCAAGGCGGAGGCAUCCUUCAAGGUCGCGUGGCGACAGACUCGACGUGCACUAUCAAGUGUCCUAGCUGAGUGGUCAACCGGCCUGUGGACCUCUCACGAGUUUGUUCGCGUCUGGUGGAUGCCAUAUGAGAAGUCUGCUAUUGUCUGGCAGGCGGACAAAACGGAUCUACCCCUUCGCGCGCCACCGGCGACGUUCUAUGGAGAGACGAUCGGAUAUCACAUUUAUCAUAACUUAUUGGCGCUUGCUAAUUAUUUCCCUCGUAUUCUCCCAUGGGUUGAAUGGUUCGUCUUUGGUCUGCAAUAUGGGUUUAGAUCGGAGGCGAAGGUUACAGAAGCUGUCGAACCCGCUCGCGCUGGACUCUUGUUGAACUGUCUUUACUCGCAAUUCGUCAAUGAGUGGGCGCUACCCCUGGAGAAAGGCCCAGAGGCUAUCAUACGCUUGUCGGCUUGGUUAAAUGGAGACACCGAGACGGCGCGUAUUCCAUUCCCUGUUGAAGGAUUGUGGGUGCAUUGCCCCAUUGAAGUCAGGGUUACGGAUUCAACACAUAACAAGAAUCCUCGGCCUUUCCUUGACCCUAGUCAUCACGACGGCCCAACAUUAUAUCUCAAUGCAACUCUAUAUCGACCCUAUCUCCGGGACCCCCCCUGUAAGGACAGGUACUAUGAGGCGUUUGAGUGGCUAAUGCGUGAAAUGGGCGCGAAACCACACUGGGCCAAGAACUUCAAAGUCACAGGACGCCACGAGCUGCAGGGGCUAUAUGGGAAGAACAUGGAUGAAUGGUUAAAAGUGCGUCAAGAGGUUGACCCCGAUGGCAUGUUCCUCGGCGAAUGGCAUCGUCGUAACCUCGCCUUACCAGGUGGCGAGAAUGAUGAAACAAUGUCCACCGAGACGAGGAUUCUCCCGCUCCUAGAACGCGAAAAGUCCCGUCGGAUGGCAAACUUUCGUGGGGCUGGCGACGGCAUGGAGUGGAUCGGAGAUAAGCAGCAGCGGGGUGAUUCAGGGAACCGUGUAAAUCUCUUGUUGACGCAAGAGAAAAAGUAUGAUGGUUCGUCAGAGGGGAUGAGCCCAACGACAGCAACCAGCGAAGAGAGUUUCGAUCUUCUAGCGGCUGGCGAAGCCAGCACUCUCCUCCCAGAUCAUGAGUGA